AUGGAGAAAGAUCUGUCUUUAGAUACAACAUUAGAUUCCUUAAAAAAAUCACCAAAUUCAGAUGGUUCUGAUAAUAAUGAAAAUUUUACAAAUAAUUUUGAUGUCAUUAACAAAGAUAUAAAUAAUGAACCUGUUAUUUAUGGAGAAUUAAUAUUACUGGGUUAUAAUGGAUCUCAAGAGAGUAGUAGAACAUCUGCACAUGGAAGAAAACAUCGAUCAAAAAUGAGAUUAUGUAAAAGAGAAAUAGCUAAUGGUAUUAAAAAAGGGACUAUAUCAAAAAUUUCUGAAGAACCAACUAAAAAUUCUGCUAUACAAGAUUCAUCUAGACAUGUUGUAUCAUAUUCAUAUAACAAAGGACAUACUGUUUUAGUUGAAUAUGUUCCAGAUUCUGAAAAAGAUAUGUUUCAGAUAGGUCGUUCCUCUGAAAAACAAAUAGAUUUUACAAUUGUAGAUACAUGGUUAGCAGUUGGUUCUAAUAUGGUAUUAUCACCAGCUGGUAAUAAUAUUCGUCUUUUAAAAUCAUCAAAUAAUAAUGGUGAAAUGCAACAACGACCUAUUUCAUCAACAAUCUCUAGGUAUGCUUGUAGAAUUAUUUGUGAUCGUCAAAAUACUGAAAAAUGUUAUGUAUAUGCUGCAGGUUUUGAUUCAUCUAAAAAUAUUUUUUUGGGAGAAAAAGCAACAAAAUGGACAAAAAAGACUGAUGAAUGUGAUGGUUUGACAACUAAUGGUGUACUUAUACUUCAUCCACAUGGUAUUUCUGAAGCAAAUUCAGGUAAAGAUAUACAAAGUGAUGGUACCAAAGAUAUGUAUGUAUGGAGAGAAAUAAGUGUAGAUGGAGAUAUAUAUACAUUAAGAGAAAGUAGAUCAUCAGCAAAAAGAGGAACAUUAGUAGAAAAUGAAUCUAAUCAACUUCUUGAUGGAACUUUAAUUGAUUUAUGUGGUGCUACACUUUUAUGGAGAUCAGCUGAAGGUUUAUCUAAAUCACCAUCAAAAAUUGAACUUGAAAGAAGAUUAGAUGAGUUAAAUGGAACAAAACCACAAUGUCCUGUAAAUUUAAAUACUUUAAUAAUACCAAAAAGAAAAUCAAAUUCUAUUACACAACGUCAACCUUAUGUUUAUAUGUCCUGUGGACAUGUUCAAGGAAAACAUGAAUGGGGAAUGACAAAAAAUCCAUCAAAUGGAUCUACAACUUCUUAUAAAUGUCCAUUAUGUUUAGUCGAUUCAAAAAAAGUAAUACAACUUGUUAUGGGUAUGGAAUCAGCAUUUCAUCUUGACUCAGAUACACUAGAAUAUUGUUUUAAUCCUUGUGGUCAUAUGGCUUCAAAAUCUACUGUUGAAUAUUGGUCUAGAAUUCCACUUCCACAUGGUACUAAUUCAUUUCAUCCAGUUUGUCCUUUUUGUACUUCACUCCUUAUACUUGAAAAACCACACAUAAAAUUAAUAUUUCAAGAUCAUUGUUAUGAUGGUUAUGGUUGUGGUUACUCAUAG